GUUGGUGAAAACUGGUUAAUGUUUGUUUCCCUCAUGUUUUUUUUACAGAAGUAAAAUGGUUGAAGAAGAAGCGUUAACUUCUACGAGUAUUUUGCAAGAAAUUUAUACAUCUCCGCUCAAUCUGAGCCUCUUAUGUUUGUGCCUAUUUCUUCUGUACAAAAUCUUUCGUGGAGACAAACCUCCGGAUAUGGGCGAAGUCGAGAAGCCAUUGCCCAAGCUAAAGAAGAGAGAUUUCAAUUUGGAAGACCUAAAAGAAUACGAUGGAGUGACAAACCCACGAAUUCUCAUGGCUGUAAACGGGAAAGUGUUUGAUGUGACCAGAGGAAAGAAAUUCUAUGGUCCAGAUGGUCCCUAUGGGGUUUUUGCUGGUAGGGAUGCCUCCCGAGGCCUUGCCACAUUCUGCUUGGAAAAAGAGGCCUUAAAGGACACCCAUGAUGACUUGUCUGACCUCAAUGCUAUGCAGCAGGAAAGCCUGGGGGAAUGGGAAACGCAGUUCACUCAGAAGUAUGAUUAUGUAGGAAGACUCCUGAAGCCUGGAGAGGAGCCAAUGGAGUACACCGAUGACGAUGAAGGCAAGGAGGCCAGGGAGAAAAAGAAGGACUAGACCUGGCUUCCUGUAACCAACACGAACAGCAAGAAAUGUCAAAGCCUUAAUUCUUGGUUAAGUGAGAUGCAAGUAUAGCACAUUGCAUUCUAAUUGAUUCAUACUUUAUCAAGUAUUAUAUUUUCUUCUUUAAUUUCUCCUGAGAAGCUGUCAUGUUUGUCAUACUUGCAAAUCAGCUUCUGCGUAGCAUGUAGUGACAUAAUGUUGUAUAAGAUUUCCAUUCAAAGACGGUUAUAAUUUUAAUUACAUUAUGUAAUGUAAUCUUACAUGCUGUAUGUUAGUGAGAAUAAAGGCCAAGUACACUGCAGAUAGCUCCACAAUCAUAUUUACAUGCUGUAAUCAAUAUACACACUUAUCUUGUGAGUUUUCUCCAUGUUUAAGACAGCAACUGAAUUUGGACCCCCCAUUGUAUACUAGCAGAUAGGUUUGUGGGGUAACAUCAUUAAUACUUUGUAACUUUUUAUUCUUUUUUUAAGAGUAAAGUACAUUGCAUAUUUGGUGUCGAUCAAGAGCACACCCAAAGCCAGUAGGAAUAAUAUUUUGCUUGUAGUGCACUGUCAUGUUCUGUACCACCAUUACAGUAGAGAGAGCCACGGGGGUGGGAGUCCAACAAGAAAGCAGGUGAGAAAGACUUGAGUAGUGUCCAUGUGACUGGUUAGGAUGAAAGCCGACGUCGUUACUUGUGCCACAGUCCACAGAGAACCUUCCGCAGUUGUUUCAUUGCAGCUCUAAUACACAUAGAUUACUCUGACUGAGGAACUGAAUUUCUAACCAGACUCAAUAGCUGCUGGGAACAGUAUGUGAACUAUUAUUUCAUCAUUGCCCUUUAUAACUGAACCGUUCAUGUAUAUGAACUUUAUCAAGAGCAGAAGUUGAACUUGCAGAAGCUUUUAGACUGGACUGUGAGGUCUAUUGAUGAUUACACAGGGUUUUGAAAGUUCAAUCGCCAGUUUGUCCUGGAAACAAGUUCAUUGUGAAAACAGAGUGAUAAUUUUAUUUUUUGUAGCAUUUCCUGCAGUCUUUAUUACUUGUUUCAAGAAAAGAAGUUCCUGUUGGGUUGAAAGAACUCCCAUGGUGUAAGGAUGAAUUAAUAUUUGAAGCUGAAAAUAACUGUGGUCAUUCAAACAAUUCCCUUGCUAUAUGAAGUAAAAGUGUUGCAUUUUCUUAGAUUUAUACUUUCUUAGCUUUGUAUUUUAAAUAUUAAGGAUUAUAAAAUAGUUAACCAGACUUUUAGGACUAAAUAGUGUAGUAAACAAGGACAUGUUUUGGGUUCAGCAAAACUUUCACCCUAAACAAAUAAAUUACUGUAUUAUUAAACUGUCUUGUAAAGGAAGCCAGUUCGUCAUAUUGAACAUAUUUAGCUUACCACAAUAAAUAUGGAUUAUGUCUGCAAAGUUAUAAUUCCAUUUGUAUAAUGUCAUUACAUUCCAGUUGGUAAGUUCACACUACAUUUUUGUUUUGUGACAUCUCUGACUUAAGAUCAAAUCAGCAGAUGAAAAGUCUUUUUCAUUUCUGUCAGUGCUGCCUCUGUGAAGCAAUGGUAAAUUGUAUCUACAGAAAGUGAUAAAAACACAGGGCAUUUGGAGUUCUUCAGGGUGAGAACCCUGAACAAAUGGGAUGGUUCAGUCAUGUGCUUAAGCCUUGGAUGUAGGGCUGGGUAAUAUGAUCUGCAGGUUACUUUAAAUUAUUCUGGAGUGUAUUCUCAUACUUCUGUGCAUUAAACCAAUUGAAAGACUGAUGCUCUCCUUAUUCUUCCGUGGAGUGAUUUGCUAAUUGCUCUUCUGUACUGGUUGCAGCUGCAAUUUUUCAGAUAAGAGAGAAGAUCUUUAUAGUAUUAUUCACCGCUUCUGUUAAAACUCCUGGAGAGGGUACAUUUAAAUCUUUACAGUUGCUGUGUUCCUUUUUCAUUAACAUAUUUAGACAUUCUGUAGAAGUAUUAUUUUUACUCACUAAAAUUCAAACUCUGGGUUUUGUGACUGGUCUGCAAUUAAAAUGUGCAAUUUCAAAGAUGAAACUAUUGUAAGACAUUGUUUUAGAAUAUGAAGUAAUAAAUAUACUUUUAAUGAGGACAAGACAAAGCAAUACCAAUAGCCACUAUUGAUUUAGUGAUAUAAAGGGGAAUGCAUAGCAGAAAGUCCAAGAUCUAGGUUAUUUUAGUAACAAAGUACAAAGUAGAGGAGAUGGUAAACUUUAUAGGUGUUCUUCAAUCACAUUCACUGUUUCCAUUGUUUUUGGGUCUGACCAAAAUACAGAAUGGAGAAAUAAAGACGGGGGAUAUACAAUAGUUAAAAUAACAGAAAGGCUAUAUUACUUAUUGUCAUUCACUUUUUAAAAUUAGGCAAAACUAGUUUUAAUAUGCAAUGGAUAAAUGGUCAUACUUGCUUUUAUUCUUGGUGUUAGGUGCUUAAAGGUUUGGUAGAGGUUUAAGUUCUUAUUCUUUUGUCACCGCUCCUACCUAAGUCAUUCUUUGUUGAUGUGAAGAAUUUUGCAUUCAUUUGGCUCAUACAUAGAUUAGGUUCAAGACGUACAGCUCUUGGUUUUAACAAAAUAUUGUGCUCCAAAUGGUAAUCUCCCACUAAUGCUCCUUCCCCAAUCUAGCACCAACACAGCAUUAGGAAUAUUACAGGCAAAUUAAUUAUCCUUCUUUCUAUGAGAAUUUCUAGGCUUUCCACAAGCAUGAUCACAUUAAAUUUAACUCUGCUGUACUCCAGAGGUGCCUCACAAACUGCAUUUACAGAAAAGGUGACAACCAUUUUCAUUGAGCAUUCAUGUAUAGUAAAAUGGGUUUGUUAAACACAUUGGCUGUACAGAAUGAUGCCCCGAGGUUCCAAAAUGUGAAGAUGGAAUUAAACUGAAUUUUAUUCAAUGAAUAUUUUUGCAUUUUUAAAAAAUUACAAGUCUACAACAUGUUUAAAGGGCAAAGUUAGAACACAUAUUCCUAAAACCUUGAUCAACAUUUCUGGUUUGCAGUUGAUAUUGGGUAUUUUUAGUUAUAGAGUUAGUAUAUUCAAAACUUUCAUUAACUUAAAUUCAUGCAUUAAGAAUUGCAUUUUGUUUUUGAUUCUGUUUGUAUCUAAACUUGGAAAUAAAUGUACCUUAAUAAAUCUCUUUUCAGUUUUA